AUGACAAUAACUCAUGGAUCAUUGUCAGCUUGUGACAUUUCAAAACUAAGACAAUGUUGUGUGGUUGUUCGUGUCAAGGGUAAUGAUAUAUCGACUGCCUCUAACUAUGGAUCAAGUAGCAGUAGUUCCGCUCUGAAAUCAAAUAAAUCAUCAUCAUCACAAGUUCCUACUUUCUCACAUUCAAGUGAAGGUAAAAUUACAUUUAGUUGUAGUGGAUUCAUUAUUAAUAGAGAACAAGGUAUCAUAUUGACAUCGUCUUCUAUAUUCAUGCCAUUUCUGAGUAGGAGAAAUGAACAGGCACACUAUGAGAUACAUAGAGAUACAGAGAUAGAUAUUAUGUGUAAUAACAACAGACAAAUAAAAGAAGAGGAUAUCAAAUCAAGUAAUAGCGGUGGUAGUGGUGGUAGUGGUAGUGGUCAGUCAAUUUAUAACAAGUCAUCCGAUGAGAGAAUCUAUGAUCCUCUGAAAGAUUGGAUUCAAUGUAGAUUUCACCAGUUGAUCGAAGUCGAUCAAUCGAUCAUGGAUAUAGUGGAUUUGCUGAAAUCCUACUUUGUGAUUGGCUCGAGUAAGUCACUGUCGCUCGUCUUGCUCAAGGCGUCGUCACCGCUCACCGUCGAUCCGGCAAUCGAUCAAGUUCGUUUUGCACAAUCAACACACAUCAAGACGGGCGAGCGGAUCUCAAUCGUUGCAUCGCCAUUCGGUUUCAUCUCACCGACGAUCUUUCUCAACUCGGUGUCGAGUGGAAUCAUCUGCAACAAGAUAGCGGCGCGACCCUAUUCACAUCCGAGCCUGUUUCUCACCGACGCCAGAUGUUUGCCAGGCAGUGAGGGUGCGGCAGUGUUCAACUCGCGUGGCGAAGUCAUCGCCAUCGUAACACCACCCAUCAGAGCAAAAGAUGAAAAGACACCUUUCAACUUGGCAAGUCUGCUCCCCACACACACAUUCCUCGAGUAUCUUCUCAAGACUGACCUGGUUGCAAAACCUUUGAUUUCCAACAGCGUGCUGUCGCUCUCACCGCUGCAAACCAGUCUUUCGCUUCUCGACCGACAAAAACAUAAUAUCGUACUGGUGAAAUUCAAGGAUACAUGGGGAUCCGGUGUUUUGAUAUCUUCGAACGGCUACAUCCUGACGAAUGCACAUAUAUUGGCACCGUCGAUAUCGGCAUUGCAUAAAGCAUCGAACGACUCAAACAACGCAGUUGGCUAUCCCGCUCACAUGUUUAAAGACUACCGCGUUGAGAUACGUGUCGACUAUGCUGCGUUGAUUGGCAAAGAGACAAUUGGCGGACACAUGUGGUACAAUGGGCGCAUCGAAUACAUCUCACAUACUCACCUCGAUAUUGCACUGCUAAAGAUUGUUUGUGAUGAUUCGCUUGUAUUCCAUCAUGUUGAAUGCAACACACUGCUGAACGUCCAACACGGAACCGAGGUGGCUGUCCUCGGAUAUCCGCUGUUACCACCCUCACAGGAACCGCCAGUCUCUGUCACACAUGGAAUCAUAUCGAAUGUUGUUUGUGUCGACGGCAUGGCCGUGAGCUACCAGACAACGGCACCGGUACACUCUGGCAAUUCCGGAGGUGGCUUGUUUGAUGAACGCGGCAACUUCUUGGGCAUAGUAACUUGCAAUGCCAAACAGCGAAAUGGAUCGAUCAUCACCGAUCUCAACUUUUCAAUACCGGCAACCUCGCUGGUCCACUUUUUCAACUAUGCAAACGGUCAAGAUAUCCAAGGCCUGGAGAUCAUGAUACGUUCAAAGACAAACAAAUUCCUGAGAGCUCUCUGGAAACUACAAAUCACUUCAUCACCUCAUUCCUCAUCGCAAAACAACAUCAACCAAAAGCAUCUACAACCACUUCAAAAACAACCACCUCAAACAACCGGUAAUGGAAGAAAAUAUGCAGAAUUCCUUGAAAAAAUUACAAAUACUCCACAAACCUCAGCAGCAAACUGUAAUACUGAAAAUAUAAAUUCACUAAUGGCGAAACUAUAA